AUUCCUCUCCAAAAUUCCCCCCACUGGUGGCACAAGCGAAACCCGCAAGUCGCAGACCUUAUACCGCGGUUAAGCCUUGGUACUUCGGGGAAUGAGCCCCAGGGUAAGUUGGUAUGUGCACCCUCGUGAUUCUUCGAGGUGAAUUCCCCUGGGUAAGUCAGUGAGCUGUCCGGUUAAGCCUUGGUACUUCGGGGAUUAUGCCCCAGGGUAAGUUUGUAACUGCUGUGCUCCCCCCCUAUCAGCUAAGCCUAGUGUAAAUCUAAGCCUUAAAUAGAGCCACUGCCUCCUGGGUCUGUGACUUGUGGGUGUCGCCGCCACCAGUAGGGCCUCCUCCUCCCUCUCUCCCUCCUCCCUCCCUCGCUCUUACUCGUUGCUUCCUUCUUCCGCUUUCUUGAAUCUGUUCAGUGUGCUCUGUUCUGCUUUCCGCUUUCGCUUUUAGGUCAAAUUUCGCUUCUCUUCUUGUGCACACUGUGUGCCCUUACCCAGCGACUAAUCUUCCCUCUGGGAUUGCGUCUCUCCCGUUCCUCCCUCUGCAGGAACGACUAAAUCCUCAACCCUAAUCUAAGGACACCAGCACCAACCAGCAGCGGCCGCAGCAGCAAGACCAACACCAAUCAGCAGCUCGCCCAAUGCCGCUUGCCCGACGCCAGCAGCAACACCAGCAGCAACCGGCAGCUCGCCCGACCUCUCUCACCCGACCUCGCUCACCCGACCUCGCUCACCCGACCUUGCUCACCCGACCUCGCUCACCCAACGCCAGCAGCAACACAAGCACCAAUCAGCAGCUCACCCAACCUCGCUCGUCCAAGGCUCCCCCAAGCCUUAAGCAGGGGAGGAGGGCGGUGGGAUGACGCACGGCAUGGGGAGUGCCCUGCUGACCACUCCCCUGCGUGCCCUCUUGGCAACUCCCUUUCCUCCCACCACACUCCACCACUUCCGCCUGCCACCCACCUCCUCUCCACCAUCCUCCUCUCUCACUACUGGCUGACUGACUGGUUGACUGACACAGACAGACAAACUGACUGACUGACUGACUGACUGACUGGCUGACUGACUGACUGACAGACUGACUGACAAAUUGACUGACUGACUGACACAGACUGACAGACUGGGCGGUGGCCCGAGAUGAGGGAGUGUGUGAGAGUGAGAGUGAGCCACACGCGGCAACGGGAUUGGCGAGUGCAGGUGAGUUCAUGGUUCGUUCCUACAGGUGUGUGCACCUGCUCUUGACUCGGACACUGCAGCCAAGAGGUGGGUCCAAUGCUCUCACCAGGUGUGUGCACCUGCGGUGCAUGGGUAAGUAAGUGCAGGAGGGUCCAACUGGCAAUGGGAUUGGAGAGUGCAGGUGAGUUCAUGUUGGUUCCUACAGGCGUAUGCACCUGCUCUGCAUGGGUGCGUUGCUUGCUCCGCUCGUCCUUCACUGCUGCGCUCGGCCGUCACAAGGAGCCGAGGGGAGCAGCGCUCGUCACCAGGUGCAGUGCUCUCACCAGGUGUGCUGCUCUCACUCGGCCUUCACUACUGCUGUUUCACUCGGCCCUCACGAGAAUCCAAGGGGAGAGGCGCUCGUCACCGGGUGCACAGCUGCUGCAGGUGAGUUCAGUGCUCUCACCAGGUGGCUGCUCUCACUCGGCCUUCACUACUGCUGUUUCACUCGGCCCUCACGAGAAGCCAAGGGGAGCAGCGCUCCUCUCGCACCAGGAAAGGAGGAAGUGGGGGGGGGAUUCGGAGGCGGAAGGGUUUGGCACACACCAUCCCGUACUGGAGUGGGUGCGGCCCCAGCUGCAGCUCACGGUAAGGACAGGAGGACGGCAUCAGCGCCAGCUCACAGUAAGGACAGGAGGCCGGCACCAGCACUAGCUCAUGCAAGCUGAGUGCAGCAAGGAGGGGGGAUCCGUCCCAUUCUACCCUGGCGUAUUCCCAGGAGAGCAGCACACGAGGCUAUAAUACACGUGCUGCUCCUAGUAUAUCACGUCAAGAGAUGUUCACAACCUGCUGCUCCUGUUCACAUUCGUUUUCAUUCUGAGCUUGCAUUUGCACUUUCUUGUACCUCAGCUCUGCAUUUGCUUUCUUCUCCCCGUGUAGCCAAGAGGUUUCCUUCCUGCGCCGGGGAGUCGGAGCAAUUGCAGAUCCGUGGUAUUCCCGGGUACCUUGGGGGAUUGAGGCUCGAGCGGAUCGUAGUGCGACGGGACGGAAAAGGGGAAUCAGGUCGGCACGACUCGAUUCGCUUUGAAGCCAUUCUGUCGACGCGUUUCGGCGGUCUGUCCUCCGUCGAUCGGCAUAUUUCGAUCGUUCUUUUCGUCGAGCUCUCGCCGAAUAAGAGCCUGGAGCUUGUGUCAGCAAAGGCCUUCCGUUAUUAGCACGGGCUCCGAAGCACCUGACGGAAAACAUGGGUCGCGGAUCGCAGGGAGUCGCAGCUGUCAGCCGUCGAGCGGUCAGCGAGGCACCGGCUGCUGAUGCAAAGAGUAGCAACAAGAAGAGCGCUCGAGCUCCAUCGGCAAAGCCCCCGUUCACUCUGGGUGACCUCCGCCGAGCCAUCCCCCCUCACUGCUUCCAGCGCUCCCUCCUCCGCUCCUCCGCCUACCUCCUCAUCGACCUCGCUUUCGCCGCUCUCUUCCUCUACGCCACCACCCGGUUCGACGACAUCCACCAACUCGUAGAUCCGGCCGUUGAACCGCUCUUCCCGGCGCAUCUGCAGCCGUACGUUCGGCCCGCGGUGUCGGUGCUCCUGUGGGGGCUGUACACGUGGCUCCAGGGGUGCGUGUGCACGGGCCUGUGGGUGAUUGCGCACGAGUGCGGCCACGGCGCGUUCUCGGACUACGCGUUUGUGAAUGACGCGGUCGGCAUGGUGGUGCACUCGUGGCUGCUCGUGCCUUACUUUUCAUGGAAGUACAGUCACCGCCGCCACCACAGCAACACGGGCAGCAUGGAAAACGACGAGGUGUUUGUUCCCAAGCGCAAGGACCAGCUGACACCAGUGUCCGAGUACCUGCAGCACCCCUUCGGCCGCGUGCUCUCGAUCCUCGUCACGCUGACCCUCGGCUGGCCGCUCUACCUCUCGUUCAACGUGUCGGGCCACGAGUACAAGGGCCACGCCAACCACUUCAGCCCGUACUCGGGGAUCUUCUGCGACAGAGAGCGGUUCUGGGUGCUCGUCAGCGACCUGGGGCUGCUGGCUGUGCUCGGGUGCCUCUACUCCCUCGGCUCCGCCUACGGCCUUGCAUGGGUGCUCAAGGUGUACGUGUGCCCUCUCCUCAUCGUCAACAUGUUCCUCGUGCUCAUCACGCUGCUGCAGCACACGCACCCCGCUCUCCCACACUUCGACUCCUCCGAGUGGGAGUGGCUGCGAGGGGCUCUCGCCACUGUCGACCGUGACUAUGGGUACCUGAAUAUUGUGCACCAUCACAUCGCGGAUACGCACGUGGCGCACCACAUAUUCUCCACCAUGCCGCACUACCAUGCAGAGGAGGCCACCAAAGCCAUCAAGCCCAUCUUGAAAGACUACUACCAGUUUGAUGACACCCCCAUCGUUAAAGCCCUAUGGAGGGAGACGUCGCAGUGUGUCUGUGUUGCUCCUGAUGAGGAUGGUCCCAAGGGCGUGUUCUGGUAUUCAAACAAGCUUAAGUAAACAAUAUCAUAUUAUUUGGAACUUCCUGCUGAUGCAAGGCUGCAACAGCAACAGCAGCAAAUGUAAGUGUCGGACACUGGACUUGAGUGCUUCUUCAGCUGUGUAUGACCUGUGGAAUGCCAUAAUAAUGGCAGGAACAGACAUUUAGAGAUUAGUCCAGUUGCAGCACUGCUUGUUUCGCCAUAUCCAAGCUUCUCUAAAUUUGCGCAGUGAGGCCUUUUCGGGGCUCGUAGUUCCAAGUUAAAGAAUGUCUAGAACAAGGCAUACAAGGGAAUAUAACCUAAUGGUUUGUACUCCUUAAGGCACAACCCUAUAUAAUCUACAUA